GGCCCGUCAAUCAGUGUCGUAAUUGCGUUACCCGUCGGCUGGUGACAUAAAGGCGCAAGGGGCGUAGCCUGUCAAGUAAUGGUUAGCUUGUGACGCAGUUAAGUCUCGGCGAUGGCGGUAGUUGGCUGGCGUUCGCGCUCUCUCCUGCGGCUUGUAGUCCAGGCUCGGGCACCGCUCGCUGCUGCUUACCACGAGAAGGUAGUGGACCACUAUGAGAAUCCCAGAAACGUUGGAUCCUUGGAUAAGAAUUCAAAGAAUGUUGGAACAGGCCUGGUUGGUGCACCAGCUUGUGGUGAUGUCAUGAAACUACAGAUUGAAGUGGACAGUAAUGGGAAAAUUGUUGAUGCAAGAUUUAAAACAUUUGGUUGUGGAUCUGCAAUUGCUUCUAGCUCACUGGCUACAGAAUGGGUCAAAGGGAAAACGGUUGAUGAAGCCUUGACGAUUAAGAAUACAGACAUUGCUAAAGAACUCUGUCUUCCUCCAGUCAAACUGCACUGCUCAAUGCUAGCAGAAGAUGCAAUCAAAGCUGCUCUGGCUGACUACAAAGUGAAACAACAGAAGAAAUAAUUACAAAUUGCAGUGUCACCAUGCUUCAACUAUUAGUGACCCAAUUGUGUAGUGGAAUUUCAAUAAGCUAAGAUAAAUGUUGCAUUGAAAGACAGCUCUAAGUUUAUUAAAUGGACUCUUAAUGUGUAAUUCAAUUUAUUGCUUUGUUCUUGUGGAUUAUAAAAAUUAUUUUGGGGAAGGUGUUCAGUUUCUUGAAAUAUUAAGAACAUGGAUGAGAAGAUGUAAACAUAAGUUGGUUUAGCUGCAUAAUGGCCUUGAUUGUAUACUUGUUCCCCAGAAAUAUAAUAUAAACAUAUAAGUAAUUA